GAGUUCAUUGCAGCCGAGCGGCGGGGCGGGGCGCUGACUGAGUCUGUGUGGCGACUCUGACUGAAUGAGGAUGGAGGAGUCAACAACUACCACCAUCACAAGGAGUACUGGCAGUGGCUUCAUAGACCAAAAUUAUGCCAAGUCCUUUUCUGGUAUUUUGAAGAUUGUACAAGCGAUUGUGGUGUUUAUAGCAUUCCUGUGUAUAAGGUGUUCUGAUUGGACACACUACUCAACUUACCGCUACUUUGAAGUUGUCACCAUCUGGUUUCUUGUUAUGGCAUUGGUAUUUUACACCAUUUACCUCACAAGACUGCAUCUGAAAAUCACUUGCAUGCACUGGCCGCUAACAGAAUUCCUUCACUAUGUUGUUGCUACAAUCCUGCUGUUGAUUGCUUCAAUUGUUGGAGCGACUAAGACUUAUGGUUACGUUGGAUUGGCAGCUGGGGUGUUCUUCGGCUUUGCAUCAACAAUUCUAUAUGGUAUCGGUGCCUGGCUAUCCUACAAGGUGUGGUGUGUCCCUCAACCAGCAACUGUUUCUGUAUAACUGAUCAGUGUCUGAAGUUGAGAAAACAAGCUGGUUCAUUGGAAUAAUAUAAUAUCGCUGUUUCAUCUGCCUGACUUGUUGAAUCUGAAGAUUCAUUUUGUAAUAAUUGUAUGUGUGCAAGAACUUGGUAUUUUGUAUUGUCAUUUGUAAAAUAAUUCAAAUAUUUUUAUAUAUUUUAAAAACUAGCUUUCAAGCAAUUGUACCAAAGAAGUUUGACAAAUUGAUUGAAUGUUUUAUACAAAAGCUUAGGUGGGGCAAUCCUCCCUUUCAGCAUUUCACAGCUUUACCACACCGUAUUCACAUACAAGCUUUAUAGCUAUUCACAGCAUUUACACUUUCAAAUAAGAUUUACAAGAGCGCCAAUAAAAUCCUAAUUUGAGAAUACCAUUUUACUCUUAUUGUAGUUUUGCUAGUUUUACCAGGUAUCUUUUUCUGAGCAGGAAACCUGCCUAAGUGACCUUAAUAGUGUUUCAAAUGUGUGUAUUUUUUGCGCAUUUUAUUAUAUGAAAGUUCCAGUAUUGGAGUGCCUUUGCAUAUUUAUCUGUGCAUAUUGUAUGUGUGUGAUAUAUGUAUGCUCUUGACAGUAAUCCCCAUCUGACCAUUAGCUCAUUUGAUGCAGUGAAGCAAGGGAUGCUGAAAUGUUUACAAGUCUGACUUAAACAAUGACCCUAGGUUAAUACACCUAUUACUAUGCUGAUACUGUUUUCACUGCACAUUAUCAUUCAUCAGAAUGGUAUGGAUUUUUGUACUGGGUAUUUUAUAUCCAUGUAAUUUGAAUUUGUUGCUAAUAUUCAUAAAUGUGGAUUGUGACCAAAUCUAAAUGCCUCAACCAAAUUAUAAAAACUAAAUUUUACCUCUUCUGUGCUUAGAGAAAUGAGCUUUUGUUAUGAUUGAUUGAAAAAAAAAUAAAGACUUUUUGAAAGAUGCAA